UGACGUCAUCAGUGCACAAAAAUGGCAGAGUCGGAGGAGGAGGAUGUCUUGGUCCAGAGAGUUGUAAAAGAUAUCAAUAACGCCUUCAAGAGAAAUCCCAAUAUUGAUGAGAUAGGUCUGAUCCUUUGUCCUGAGGCCAGGUACAACCGCAGCCCCAUCGUCUUGGUAGAGAACAAGUUGGGGGUGGAGAGCUGGUGUGUCAAAUUCCUGCUACCCUAUGUCCACAACAAACUACUGCUCUACAGGCAGCGCAAACAGUGGCUGGACAGGGAAGCUCUGGUGGACAUUACUUGCACUCUGCUGCUGCUCAACUCAGACUUUACCACCGCUUGGAAUGUCAGGAAGGAGCUGCUGCAAUGUGGCGCCCUAAAUCCAGAGAGAGACCUGUACCUGGGAAAACUGGCCCUCACCAAGUUCCCCAAGAGCCCCGAGACAUGGAUACACAGGCGCUGGGUACUACAGCAGGUGCUACGGGAGUGUUCUCCCCCCAGCUCGGAUAGGAACGAGCAGGGUGACAGUGACCUGCGUGACUCAGCAGAGAGGACGCGGCUUAGUGAGCGGCUCCACAGGGUUCUACACGACGAGAUGAAGGUAUGCGCCGACGCCGCCAGCCGCUACCCUAGCAACUACAACGCCUGGUCGCACCGUAUCUGGGUCCUGCAGAACAUGGCCCAGGGCAACCUGAAGGUCCUCCAUGAUGAGCUGUCCUCCAUGCGUGAGUGGGUCUCCAUGCACGUGUCGGACCACAGUGGCUUUCACUACCGCCAGUUCCUGCUCAAGGCCCUGGUCAGGGAGCUCAGCCAGUCCAUGCACCACCACCAUGCCCCUUGGCCUAGCCUCGGCAGCUCCAGCCCUCGCAGUCCCAGCCCGGACCCCCAGCCAGGCCACCCCCCCCACCAGGCUAACGGAGAGGCCACAGCAGCAGCCCCCUGCCCCUCUCCCGCCACCCCAGAGGACCAGUCCUCGGUGGCGGCCGUGCCCCAGCUCUUCCACCAGGAGAUGGAGCUGUGUACUGACCUCAUCCAGUCCUUCCCCGGACACGAGACACUCUGGUGUCACAGGCGACACAUCUUCUACCUUUGGCACCACUGGAGGCGGGACCACGAUCACCACGAAGGCCAGGGCCGUGGCAGUGAGUCUCCCCAGCUGAACCACACUGACGAUGGGCUGAGCAGACAUCCUCACACAGCCUCCCCUAGAGGAGUGGGUUUAGACAGGGUGGAGAGCAGGAACGGACAGGCUCAGGAGGGUCAGAAUGCCAUGGAGGUGGACGGGGUCGGGGUUCCAGACCCCCGUGACACUAAGCGUCUGAAGCGAGGUCCCCCUGACCCCUGCCCCCCCGCCCUGCCCUCAGAGCACGGUUUCGUAGCCAGCGUCCUGGACGGCUGCCGCUCCCCCGAGCAGGGCUGCUUCGCCCUUGCAUACAGGAAGUGGCUAGACUCUGUGAUUGGUCAGUGAGAGAUGGACGGACAAGGUCAUUGGUCAGUGAGAGGAGACGCUUCCUACUCCACUGGAGAUGGGUUACGGUUUAAAUUUGCCCCUCUGGCACAGAUCUAGGAUCAGCUUACUCUCACCCAACCCCUAACCUUAACCAUGGGCAAGAACUGCAAAAUACUGUCCCUAGAUCAGCGUCUAGUGGCUGGUAACAUUAUGCUCGUCUUGAAGGCUCUGGAAGGGGGCUGGGGGAUCUCAAAGUUAUUUGUGGCCCCUCCCACCUUCCUGGAAAUGCCUGGACUCUGAUUCGUUGGCAGAGCUUUGUCUGAGCCAAUCCCCCUUCAGAAUGGAAAUCUGAGUGUGGCUUUGCUCUGAGUCGUUCCACCUCAAAGCACAAGAAAGAGGACCACCAGAUUGUUCUGAAAAUUGUUUCUGUAGUUAGUAAGAGGAGAUACGAUUAGCAUUCCUGUAACAUUAUUUUGUUGAAAUAUAAUUAGAUCUCUGAAAUAUUAAGCUAAUUGAUUUCAUCCAAAUUGACAAUUUACAUUUUUAAGAUUCAGAUAGUAGUCAAUAAAUAUAGUACCCAACAUCCAAUUUGGACCAAACAUCUUCCAAACAAUGCGUCCCCAAAAAAUUGUCAAAGGCCACCCACGGACCCCCUACACCCCAUGCCAAUCCCACCCCAACAACCAGUAUACAGUAUCAGUUGUCUAUGUUUGACAAGUAGUAUGAAGCUGUGGCUUGGAGUUAUGCUUCUCCAUACUAUGUAAUGUAUUCCCUGUGCAUUUGGUGAUGUUUCUUUUCCCCCUGUUCAGAGAAAUUAGUAAUUCAAGUGGCUUGCAUUGGUUGUUAAGCAACAAAAGUGACGCUUGCGCAACUAUGGGGGAAAAAGACCUGUUUGGCUUAGAUUGUUGACAACAUGUAAACUAUAUUUUGUCUCAAUGUUUGUUGAACACAUACAUUUGCAACAUGAGCACUUGUUGACUCAAAUACAUUGUUACAGAUGUUAGUUAGCAAAUUUUUGCCAUAUUAGCAUUGACAUGACAUAUUAGCAAGUCAAAACACCUCAAAACAAGAAAUGAUAUCAAGAACACACUCCCUACACUCGCAAUAACAUCUGCUAACCAUGUGUAUGUGACCAAUAAAAAAAAUAUUUUAUUUGAAGAUGCAACUUGCUGAAACAAGACACAUACGAUUCCCCACAUGGUAGCUUCUUGUCAUUGUUGCUCGUUAUCUCACCGUUCAGAAUCAUUGCAAAGCACGGCUUCAGGCCACAACGAUGUGUGCGCAUAAUGUUUGUGACGUUAUCAGCCAACCGGUCUAUAGAUUUUUACCACUAAGUGCCACUGUUCCUGCUAUACCGCCACUCUUUUAUCCAUUUUGCUGGUCUCUUGUGUUUACAUCAAAACAUUUGAUUUUACAACUUUGGGUAGAAACAAAUAGAUUUGUCUCAUUAUGAAAAUAAAUUGUGUGGUCCUCACAAUUCAAGCCAGUACUCCAUGAAAGCAAUUCAGCUUGUUCUUAUAGCAACUUAAUGCUGAAAACCAACUCUUCUUGAAUAGUCCAAGAAGUGGCUGCUCUCUGAGAGGGCUAUCCCGAUGCAAUUCUCAUAUGAACACUUUUCCUUACAAGCCAAACACUUUGAUGGAGAAAUUGGCUAGGGACUAAAUUAUGUGACAGCCUUAAUAAAGUAAUUAAUUGCAUGGCAAUCUUAUGUGUUUCAGUAAAAUGAUCAGGAAACGGCUUUAUAAAAGCAUAAAAGAGUGUGAUGGUAUAGCAGGAACAGUGGCAUCUAGUGGUCAAAGCCUGGUACUUCCACACUACUUCAUGGUAAAUAAUGCAAACCACUUCAAUACUAUCAGGGAGGAAAAAACAAUCAGUUUCAUAGGGAAUACAUUACAUAGUAUUGGAAAGCAAUACUUCAAACCGCAGCGUCAUACUACUUAUCAAUCAUGGAGAACUGAUACUGAAUACUGGUUGUUGGUGUUGGGGGUGCGUGGGUGGCUUUUACAUUUUUGGGGGGAUUCCUCAUGUCUUACUCAUUGGUAGGAAGAAGUUUGGUCCAAAUCGGAUGUUUGGGGCUAUAUUUAUUGAAUAUUAUCUGAAUCCUAUAAAUUAAAAUGGCCUAUUUGUUUGCAAUUAAUUAGCCUAAUUUCUCCAAGAUAAAAUGUAAACAAAAUAAUGUUUCAGAAAUACCUAUCUUACCUGUUUCUUACUACAGAAAUAUUUUGAGAACAAUUUGAGAUGGUGGGUGUCAUGGCUUGCUGAAAUAACAUGGAACGACUUCUCUGGAAGAGUAUGGCUCGUAUGGUCUGUUAGUAGCUUAGUUCAGGUACCUCAAUACCUCAGGUCUCUCUCAAUGUUAGAACAAUUCUGUCAACCAAUUCUGUCUGUCGUUUUAGCUUUUUCACUUAAGAAAUUCAUUCUUCCGGUAUCUUUCUUUUGUCUUCCAGUAACUAAAUGUAUUGUAGCAGAAUAGGUUAAGUGAAGCUGCCAUGGUUACAGGAGGCUAUUCAUCACAAAUGUUGUUAUCAGGUCAAUUCUGCAGAAUUAAACUAAGGACUAUAGUGAGAUGAGCAGUGCAGCAAAUCAUUCAUUGUCAACAUACAAAAACAAAGAACAUAAAACUAGCAAAGCCAUUAUAUGCCGAUACCGAUAUGUCGUGCAUCCCUACGGACAACUAAACAACAUUUAGACAUUUAGUUUAGAGAAAUUUGAGUGUUUCGCAAGGAGAGAGGAAAGCAAAUAAAAUCUAGCUGAGAGAAUCAAUUCUAGUUGAUCCAGGUUUCUUCAUACCUGGAUGUGAAAUAUAUCUAUAUAUCAACUGCCAGGCAUACAAUGGUCUGAGUCACUUCAAUUGUAGAGAGGUGCUCGAUUGUAAAGAAAUGACUGCAAGCACAUUCUAAAAAUUCUAAUUUCCUCAGAAGGUUCUCCUGAAGUACCUAGCUCUCGAGUCUGUCAAUGAGAAUUGAUUACAGUACUGUAUGUAAGCACAACCGGUAUAUAGGCUGUGUCACUGCUUUCCCUUUUCUUCAAGAACAACUUGGUGCUAGCCUGGUCCAAGAUCUGUUUGUGCUUUUACCCACCCCAUUGUCAUUGUCAAGCCAAACAUUUUCCAUGACAAUUCCAUAAGGAGUUUACAAGCGAGCAGAAACAGACUGGCACCAAGGCUAACUUGGUACCACAACCUCUAUUUCCAUUCUGAGGGGGAACUAGUAUUAGAAUCAGACUUGUGAACCUUGUAGGUUUUAUAAUCCCCCCCCAGAUCUGAUCAUCACAUUGUCUGCAUCCCAAAUGGCACACUAUAUAGGUAAUAGGGUGCCAUUUGCGACACACUCAUACUCCUGGAGUGGUUGUUGCUGGUGUAUUUUUUUCACGGUUCUGUUUGUUUAGUCCUCUUAGUGAUACCUGGGCUUGUAUUCACAAAGUUUCUCUGAGAAGCACUGCAUGAUAAAGGAUCAGUUUUGGCCUUUUGAUUUUUAUGAUUUCAUGGUCAGGGGGUACUUAAUCCUAGAUCAGCACUCCUACUCUGAGACUCUUUAUUAGAGUAACUCACAAUUUACCGAUACGCAUUAGUCCCUAGUUCUAAUGUUCAAGAGAGAACUGCGUUGACAGUCAUUGAUCUACAAGUCAUUUUGCAUGCCGAAGAACCCCAGGCAAUGUCAGUACCCUAGCAAAGAUUUUCCAUUACAUUGACAAGAUAGUCGAGUGACUGUCCUCAAAGAUGGAAUUGAGGCGAGUUCAGGGGGGGCUCAUUACCAAUGAGAGGGCAGAUAUGCGCGUGAACAACAGGCAUCACUCUGAUUAUAACGUUUUUUUUUCAAAGUUGUGAAAUGCCACUUGUGUCCACAUAUAUCAUUGCAUUUGUAACAACUUAACCAUUACAAAACUAAUAUUCAAUCAAAUAACCUUCAAGUAGCAAAUUAGCAAUUCAAUGUUUUUCUGACCAAAUUUGACACUCUCAUUGACCUCCGUACAAAAAUGUAAUCCAUUCUCCGUUUCAUGAAUUUAUUCACAGGUAAAUAGUAAUUGACUAUUUUUUAAACAAUAAAAAUCAUGUUUAAAAUCAGUACAACCGACUACGCUAGCUGAGGUUCAUAGUAGCGUAGCACCCCGUAUAAUCUGCAUAUUCAACAUCAUUUAAGAAAUAUAUUACCUUCAACAGUGUUAUCUUGUGAUCAAGCCAUCAAUGUUUUGUGAUUAUUGGUGUAGUAAAAAUGUUAGCUAACGGGUUAGCAAUUAGCAUGUUUGACAUUUCAGUGGAAAUACUAUCAUAUUUCUGAUAAGCGGUUUAGCAACAAAAAAAUACAUCCCGUAUUAUCGGCAUACGGUCCCCAGUUAUUGGCCACAUUACUAUUUUGUUCAAUUACAAGAUAUAUCUUUUUUUUUUUUUUUAAAGACACCAACCUCGUAUCUGAAGUGUUUACUAGCUAGUUGAUUAGUUGGCUAGCCUUCCAGUAAAAAAAAAAAUGUCUUGCCUGUCAACUUGUCAUUGCGUAGCCCGGUGCGCCCUCCUGUAGAGAGGAGGAACACAUAAACUGCAAUGAAAAUUGGUGGUCAGCUAGCUAGAAGGGUGUCUUUAGUCACAAAACGUGCUUUUAUUUUCUAGGCCAUUUAAAUGUUGAGCUUGAAGUGAUUUAAUCCUCCAACCGCUAGAGAGCGUUCGAAGUUAGGGGGUGUCCGAUGUUGGGGGGAAAUUAGCUAGUCUUCACUGGCAUCAGUAAUAGCUUUCCUUAUAUUUCUCAUGGAAGAAAAUAUUUACUUACCAUAUGAGCAACAAAUGAGAACUGCAGAAAAACAAUGUCCCUGUAAUGUACCCAUCAGCAAUAGUUUUGGUAGUUUUACAGGGUGAAGUUGAUCAUUUCAUAAUGAGGACUGCAAUCACUGCAUGGUCGAAGCAGGAGGAGGUCGCUCCCUAAAAACUUCCAAACGAUCAAAACCAGUCAUUUUGAGACGGGUGAAAUCCAAAGUUGUGCUAUACAUUCAUAUAUAUUGAUACAUUACUAGCUCAAACACUUUUAAUCUGGAAAAAUGACAAGUGGUUGAUGGUGAUUUAAAAUCAAAAGUGUGGGGAGAAAAAAGCAUACAUUGCCCCCUCCCCCUAAUCUGAUAGUGAGGUAGUAGAUGCCCACCAGUCUCCCUUAAAAUGCUAAAAAUCUCAAUGUUAAAAGUCAACUAAUGUGAGAUCAUUGUGUGAAUUGAUUGUCCUUUGGUUAUUUAUGGUUUAUCAAUUCCUCAUUACAUACACUACCAUUCAAAAGUUUUAGAACACCUAUUCAUUCAAGGGGUUUUCUUUAUUUUUACUAUUUUCUACAUUGUAGAAUAAUAGUGAAGACAUCAAAACUAUGAACUAACAUAUAUGGAAUCAUGUAGUAAACAAACAAAAAAAAAGGGUUAAUUCCGAUAUUACUUUAUGAAAUCUUUAGAAAAUAAUUACCUCCAUAUUUCCAUGGUCAGAUUUUGCCUAUAGACUACUUUGAAAAAAGGUAAGACAUGCUUGAUAAUAUGAAAUAGAACAUUCAGGUAUCAAAAAAUUAAGUAUGUUUUCAAAAUGCAUACUGCCUCCAGCUCACAUUGUGAGGUGGUGGGUGACGCGCUUGACAGCUUGUUACCUGCACUUGAAUGGGCGGUGUGCUUCAAUUACCAGUUGAGAAAUAAAAAUAGUAGCUCUUUUAAUCGUGCACCAAAACGAUUUUUAACACACGAUUGCAUUUUGAAUUGUUGAGCAAUGAAUGGGCUUAUAAAAGCACAUGUUUUACUCCAGCAGUAGAAGUCCCGCUCAAAAUAGGCUGACUAAUGAAAAUACACACAGGCCAAUUUAAUUCCACAAAAUUAUGCAAAUUAACUCAUAGACCGAUAAACAUGAUGGUCAAAUUUGUUGACUAAUAUUUCCAUAAAUUAAUUAAAAUAAUUAUUUUGCUAUCGGUUUUAUCUCUCUCGGGCGGGAACAGUUUUAUAUAUCGCCAUUUAUCGGCCAAUUACCGGCUAACGGAAACCCUGGCACACAUACAGAGAAGUCAGCUAAAACAGAUCUAGAUACGUAUCGAAUUGAAAUUGAAAGGGAAAGAUGCACUUCCCUACUCUUUAUGAAUACAAGCCCUGGCUGAUGGCAUGCAUUAUUGCUCAACAAUAGUACCAGAUCUGUUUGUUCUCUUGUAUACUCCAUUGCUGUCCUUGUCAAUCCAAACAAUGUUUUUUUUGGCAUGACAAUGAGUGACAAGGAGUUGACAUGACAGCACAACUAUAUAUACACCUUCCCAGAAGAGUGGAGUCUGUUGUAGCAGCAAAGGGGGGACCAACUCCAUAUUAAUGCCCAUGAUUUUGGAAUGAGAUGCUCGACGAGCAGGUGUCCACAUACUUUUGAUUAUGUAAUGUAUGUAACCGGCAAUAACUGGCCUGAAUGCCUCUCAUUCAGCACAGCAUUCAAAAUGGCCGCCUUUCUUUGGGCCAACAGCAUCAAGGGCGAGGCAGCUGCUCUCAUUCAAUGUUUUUGAUGUUUCAGUGUUUUUGAUCUUUCUUCCCUGGCUCCCACUAACUUGACAGCUUUUCAGUCCAAUGGGGUUUACUACAAAGCAGGAUCAAUGAGUUAGCCAGCUAACUUCAAUUAACAACCAGAAAUAGCUAUUGAUUUUCUGGUCCAUUGAGAAAGCUAAACUUAGAUAUGUGUUUCUGGUUGUUGACUAAUUUAGACCAUGUCCGUUUCAAACAUAUCUUUGUAAAACAUGAAAAAAAAAAAAUUGUUAGGCAAGUUAGCUGGCUAACUCAUUGACCUGCUUUGUUGUGUACCCCUCAUAUCUCACAGACCCACUGAUCUGGGUAUUAUAGGCGUAUGAUUUAAAGCUUGUUGUCAUUAGGAGUCAGUGAAAGCAUUGUGUAGGAAGAGUUUAUUUUAUGUUUACAGCACUAUCUCCAUAGAAAUAGGAUUCAUGGAUAGAAUGGAGUCUCAGUUCAGCACAUAACAUUAAAGGGAUAGUUUGGGAUUUUGAGUCAGACAAACUUGUGGAUACCAUUUGUAUGUCUCUGCGUCCAGAAUGCAGGAAGUUAGGGGUAGUUUUAUGAGCCAAUGCUAACUAGCAUUUGCGCAUUGACUGGAAGUUUGCGAAAUGACUGGAACUGCUAGUUAGCAACUUCCUUCAAACUGAACACAGAGACAUAAAAAUUGUAUACACGAGUUCAAAUGACUGGGGUAGUACACAAAGGGCUUCAUUGCCAAAAUACCGAUCUAUCCCUUUAUAGGAUUAUACACAUUAAGAGAUGUUUUUGAUCCAUUCUCUGCUCAUUUUUCUCAACCUACAGUAUAUACUUGAGGUUUUCAAUCAAACACUGCGCUAUGGCUCCUGUAAUAAGUAUUAUAACCAGAUAAUAGGUUACUCUAUGGUAAAUACGGUAUAAAGACCUAUCUUUUGGUAGUGUUACAAUGAUACUUGUUACAUUAUCUCAAGGUAAAUCAUCUAAGUUUGUGUUUUAUAAGGAUGACAUUACAUUCCCUAACCUGUAUAUUCACAGAACAUAUCUUUAGACUGACACAUACUCAGACGGUACAUAUUCAGGUAGGGUUACAUUUUGUAAGAAAGGGCCCCUGUCCUGUACCUUUUGUAAAUGUAAUUUGUUCAGUUGCACAAACCACUAUGAACAUGAUAAUAAUUACAACGGCAGAACAAUUCUUCCACCCUUUAUUUGUCUUAGACUAAUAGAUCAAUAUUUUAUAGAGGAGCAGCUCUGAUGAACAUUGGGCUUUUUCUGUAUUAUUUUCUGUAAGGUGCAAAUGUUAUAUUUGCAGCUGUGUUUCGUAAUUAACAUUUUCCAGCCCCAUCUCAGUUUAAAGGGAUAGUUUAACCAAAUUACAAAAUGAAACAUUGGUUUCCUUACCUUAUCCAUAGACUGCUUACAGGGUAUGACAGCAAUCCAUGCUUUGGUUUAGUUUCCCUGGAACUGUUUCCACAUGCUAACAUUGUAACUUUUGUGGCACAAAUCCCAGUUAAGUCAUUGGACCGAUAUUAGCUUUUUUUCACGCAUCCUGUCUAAAUCAUCUGAAACAAUCUGAAAUUGAUUGUGAAGCUCAACAAAGUCACUUAUAGUGGAUUUGAAAAUUAUGUAAUUUGGGUGAACUAUACCUUUUAAGUGGCAGGGCUAAAUUAGGCUGAAUCAAGUCUAAGAUUAUUGCUUUAAAUGAAUAGUUCACUUUUCUGUCUUCUCUUACAUCGAUACUUCACCACCUAUGUAUCUCCUCUUAAAGGGAUAGUUCCCCUACUCUAACCUCCAGUUAACCUCUCUCUUAUCUUAGAUGCAUUCUCCCUCAGAUCUGCCCCUAAGUCACACCAGUUCAUUUGUCAAAGUGGUUAUUAUACAAUACUGUAUUAUGUGUCUGAGCCACUGCCCACAGGGCAGGCAGGUCAGAUUCUCUGUCGGAUAGGGAGGGAUACUGCUAUAGAGUAGGUUGGAAAACCGUUUCCAUUUGUAUUAGAGACAGACUUGUAUUUCUGUUAGGUGUCUGAGCCCUCUCGUCGAGGUGCUACUUAACAGGGCCAGUAUGCACAAAGCGUAUCUAGUAGUCCUGAUCUAGGAUCAGUUUUGUCUUUGAUCAUAAUAAAUCAUAUUAUAUGGAUAGGAGGGACCUGAUCCUAGAUCAGCUCCCCUACUUCAAGACACUUUAUGAAUACAGGCUUAGGCUACUGUUGUGUGUAUCUGUAAUGUGAUCAGAACAGGCACUGGUAUGAAGCAUGUGGCCGAGGGAGGCAAUGUCAACACAGACAGACAAACAAACAAGCUUGGAGAGAGCUUGGUAGUUGCCACUGAAGUAUUCUCUUCACGGCUGCCGCAUAACAAAAUGUGACAGAGCUCAAAUGGAUCAAAAACCAAACUGACGUUUUGAGUGGAAGGAGCAGGGGCAGGCUCUUUAGCGCUUGUAGCACAACAUAACAAUCAACUUCCAACUGUAUAACGUUCCCAAGAGGCUUAGCUAGACACGCUUGAGACAUAGGCCUAGACAAGCAUUCAUAAAACAUUCAUAAUGCCACUGUGAACAGACAAAGCAGCUCAUAACAGCCUAUGGCAACAGCUGUACACAGUACUAAGGUGAUGUAGAUCCAGUGUGUUUUAGGGGCAGAUAGUAGGGGCAGUAAUGUGUGAAGAAGUCAUCAGUCACACAAGCUGGGAAACACAUCAUGACUGUUGUAGGUGGAUAUUGGAACAGCCACCGUGUCUGUACUAUUGGAGAUCAUUGCAGAAAGAGUUCAAAUGCAGCCUUACCUUCUAUCACUUCAUUUGGAACUGUGUGCAGUGUGUCGGCCAUACGUCUGCCCUGCCGAAGGCACUCUUGUUUUUAGUUCACUGCGAGGGCUUCCAUUUAACUCCUACUACUACUACUACCAUGUUCUCUCUGUUACCUAUGUUUGGAAUAAUUAAGAAGACAAUAUAUAACCUAAGCAUUAUGUAAGAGACCCUUCUCAUCUCAAAACCACUGUGUCCUGAAUGAUGAAAAUCAUUUAUCAAACUAUCAAAGCUACAUUUGUUUUUGUUGUUUUAGUUUUCUCUGAGCUGUCAAUUGUUAGCUGUCAUUGAGUAGUUUUCAUUAUGUCUUUUGAAUGAAUGAAUGCAAGCAUAUCCUUACUCUUUUUACCACAUGGGUUUGUUGUAUUGCAUACUAGGCCUACUUACAGACAUUAGAACACAAACGUUAGAAUAUAGGAAUUAUACAUAAACUCAGCAAAAAAAUACACGUCAUCUCACUGUCAACUGCGUUAAUUUUCAGCAAACUUAACGUGUAAAUAUUUGUAUGAACAUAACAAGAUUCAACAACUGAGACAUAAACUGUACAAGUUCCACAAACAUGUGACUAACAGAAAUUGAAUAAUGUGUAUCCCUGGACAAAGGGGGGGUCAAAAUCAAAAGUAACAGUCAGUAUCUGGUGAGGCCACCAGCUGCAUUAAGUACUGCAGUGCAUCUCCUCAUGGACUGCACCAGAUUUGGCAGUUAUUGCUGUGAGAUGUUACCCCACUCGUCCACCAAGGUACCUGCAAGUUCCUGAACAUUUCUCCGGGGAAUGGCCCUAGCCCUCACCCUCCGAUCCAACAGGUCCCAGACGUGCUCAAUGGGAUUGAGAUCCGGGCUCUUCGCUGGCCAUGGCAGAACACUGACAUUCCUGUCUUGCGGUAAAUCACGUACAGAACGAACAGUAUGGCUGGUGGCGUUGUCAUGCUGGAGGGUCAUGUCAGGAUGAGCCUGCAGGAAGGGUACCACAUGAAAAGGAGGAUGUCUUCCCUGUAACGCACAGCGUUGAGAUUGCCUGCAAUGACAACAAGCUCAGUCCGAUGAUGCUGUGACACACCGCCCCAGACCAUGACGGACCCUCCACCUCCAAAUCGAUCCCGCUCCAGAGUACAAGCCUCGGUGUAACGCUCAUUCCUUCGACGAUAAAUGCGAAUCCGACCAUCACCCCUGGUGAGACAAAACCGCGACUCGUCAGUGAAGAGUACUUUUUUCCAGUCCUGUCUGGUCCAGCGAUGGUGGGUUUGUACCCAUAGGCGACGUUGUUGCCGGUGUCUGGUGAGGACCUGCCUUACAACAGGCCUACAGCCCUCGGUCCAGCCUCUCUCAGCCUAUUGCGGACAGUCUGAGUACUGAUGGAGGGAUUGUGCAUUCCUGGUGUAACUCGGGCAGUUUUUGUUGCCAUCCUAUACCUGUCCCGCAGGUGUGAUGUUCGGAUGUACCGAUCCUGUGCAGGUGUUGUUACACGUGGUCUGCCACUGUGAGGACGAUCAGCUGUCCGUCCUGUCUCCCUGUAGCGCUGUCUUAGGCGUCUCAAGGUACGGACAUUGCAAUUUAUUGCCCUGGCCAUAUCUGCAGUCCUCAUGCCUCCUUGCAGCAUGCCUAAGGCACAUUCACACAGAUGAGCAGGAAUCCUGGGCAUCUUUCUUUUGGUGUUUUUCCAGAGUCAGUAGAAAGGCCUCUUUAGUGUCUUAACGACCGUUCCACAGGUGCAUGUUCAUUAAUUGUUUAUGGUUCAUUGAACAUGGGAAACAAUGGUUAAACCCUUUACAAUGAAGAUCUGUGAAGUUAUUUGGAAUUUUACGAAAUAUCUUUGAAAGACAGGGUCCUGAAAAAGGGACGUUUCUUUUUUUGCUGAGUUUAUAUACAGAAUCAUUAUUUUUUAUAAAGGUUCAUUUAGUUUUUAAAAGAUAAUGUAGCUUCUUACUUUCUUUGUACUUUUUCUAAUUUAUUGUAAAAUUGUUUUUGGAGGGUGUGACAAAUGUUAAUAUGCCUAGCAGCUCAUCUUUGAUUAUUUCUGUGUCUAUUUAUAGAGUAAUACAAUUAAUUCUAUACACUGUUUCAACAUAAAUAGUUUUUAUCAACUGCUUACCAAGCUUAAUAAAGCUCAUCUGGAAUAUACAACUUUGUCAGUACCUGAGAGGUAAAAUAGGUGAAGAAUGGGUAGUAGGUGGAAAUUACGUAAUAAACAUGUAGGUGAUGGUAAACUAUUUA